AUGGGUUUACCUGUGUUUGAUUUCCCUUCUGAGACUCCGGGGGAGUCAUCAAGUUCGGCCUUGGCCAACUCGCAACAACAUAAUACGACUACAGAAUCCGAUGAAAGUCAAAGCAGCACCCCGGGGGGACCACCGCCCUUUUACGCUGCCAUAGUUGGGCCAGGACAUUUUUCUUCCUACUAUCUUGAUCCAUAUGGUCCAUAUUAUCCAUAUGACCCACACGAUCCAGAUUCUGAUUACGACCAUGACUUCGACGACGAGAGCGACACACUCCCUGAGACGACCAUUAGGAAUGGAUCUACCGAGCCCGGCCGUGAGAGUCCCCAGGAUGGAUCCUCUAUUACAGCAGAGCCAUCCGAGCUCACCUCGUCUCGGCCCGCGACACCCUUUAAUCCAAGUACUGAAUCUACGUUGCAACAGCUUCGCCAUGAUCGGGAUCACGACCUCGCUUUUGCGGGCCAGUUUUCUGAAGUAGAAGCCAUUUUAAAUGCCCAGCCGCAACAAAACUAUUCCAACUGGGACGGAACAGCCGGCCCUUCAUCUAGGUCCACUAUGCCCAUCUCUCAAAGUCGGCUAGAAUUCUUGGACGGAGGACCCGUGGAGCGAAUCCGGAUGAUUGGAAGCGACGAGGGUACCGAGGAUGGGGAAGCCACCGACGAGGAUGCCGGUAUCAAGAUUAUCCAUAAUAACAACAACGAUGCCCGACGAGCACGCUACCACCGCCUCGCCACGCUCUACGGCUUCUCGCUCUGGCGCUGGUGCAACCACUUCCUGCAGCUGAACCUCGCAGCCUACCUCAACGGCGGCGGUCCCGAUCUCCUCUCGCGAACAGUGCGCACCGACGAAGAGACGCUGCUCCUCCUCCGCGGGACCCUACGCUCUGGCUUCCUCGGCCCGACGCUCGACGCUCUCGAUGAGCUGCGGCGGUUCUUGGAGACCUGGCGUCCGCGCGUCGGCAGCCCGGUCGAGAACUGGCGGAGAAUCCCGCAUAUCUGGGAAUUCUGCGAGUUAUUGGGGGAGGAGCAGUUUGCGGAGGAGAGGGUGGCGUGGGGGGAGUGUAUGAAGUUGCAUUUUGGGCUCUUUCCUCAUGAGCUGUUGGAUUUGUGUGAAUGGGAAGUAGAACUUGGUGGACCACGAGUUCCCCUUUACUCAGAGCCAUGGUUCUAA